CUUUGCUUCAAAACAACUGACAACUGAGUAACUGAGUAAUGAAAUUGUAUGUGCUCUCCUGGCUGCUUUUCUUUCUGGCACCCGGUGGUUGUCCCAUAUACAGCAUCGACCUGGCUACUUUGGAGGUGCCAACCAACGAUUUUCAGAACGAACUGACCCUGCAAUCCAUGCUCAGCUCGGAGCUGCGGGAUUACCGCAAUGGCCUUAUCGAGAGGGUCGAUGACCAGAUGACGAAUCCUCCAUAUUCCCCGCCAAGGAGCUACCAGGAGCUGGAAUGGUUUAAGGAUGUGCCCAGGGACCUGCAAAAGGCGACGAGAAGUGCACCAGAUUCGGACUCAUUCCUGGGCACAAAUCUGUUUGGCAACUAUCGCAAAAAUUGCUUUUCCGCGGAGGACAUUGCUCUUAUAUCCGCCCGCAAAGACUUCGAGCUGCUGGUGCCCAAAUCCUUUCCGUCAUCCAUGCUCACCGACAGCAUUGUUUACAUGCUACUCCGGUACUUCAAUACUGUUAACCAGAUCGUGAAGCGGAUGUCAGACGAGGACACGCGACUCAUCCUUCAGAGAGCAUUCUACGACGCCCUCGGUGGCUACCUUCGCUAUUAUCUGUUGCCCAUGGCCCAGUUAUCCUUCUAUGCCGGACGCAUCAAGCUGAACACCGUGGAGCGCUUGGUGAACAUUUAUCAACAGUGCAAAACGACACUCAAUACGAAUGGAAAUGGCUGGAGAACGCCGCACAAGGAUAUAAUGUCCCAGUUCCAGUUGGGAAAGAUCGAACCCGUCAAGCUGCCCAAGAGCUGCCAUUCCCAGGAGGAUGCCUCCAGCUGUGCUUCACUAGAUCAAACUUGCAUCUCCCAAGAGCCGGAUCAAGGCAACAUGAUUGUGACUCUGCCCCGACUGGAGACUCUGGAUGAGAAUGGCUACCUAAGCAACAUAUAUCUGCCGUUUCGGAAGCGACGCAUCUACAAUCUUCGUUCUCCAAGAUCAGAAUGCGUCCUGGUGAAGUUCUUCCAAACCCUAACCAGCUGUCAUCGGUUUCAGGGCAUCAGCCAGGCCAAUUACAAUCGUCAGUUGCUCGCCUGGAUAAAGGAAAAUCUAGAAAUUCACUAUGGGGAUGAUGUAUUCUACCCGGGUCUCGGCAGGAUUCUGCAGAUCCAGGAGAGGCUGUCGAAAGAGAAGAAUCCUGAGGAGGAAUCCCGGGCACCACCCAAUGAGAAUGACGCGCAGAGACCUCCCUUCUCUCCCAAAGAGGACUCCCGCAAGAUUAGUCGCUCUGCCAUUCACUGGCAGGAGACUUCGGAACCAGAGCAGGAGCAGGAGCCGGAGCACCAAGACGAAUGGCUAACCGGAUUGGAGAAGGUGCAGAACCGGCAGGAGGAUGUGGAGGAGUGCCGCGAGUGCGACAACGAUGAGACAUUGAUUUGGUGCAUUGCCGCCUUUCUGACCCUGCUCCUGCUCCUCAUUCUGCUCAUCAUCUGCUGUUGCAUGCGAAGGGGCAGGAAAAAGAGGGUUGGCCCAGCGGAUGCAGAGGCUCCUCCGCCGAAAGAGAAACCCAAAAAAGAGAAGGAGCCGCCGAAGGCCAAAGAGCCAGAAAAGGAAAAAGAAAAAAAAGAAGAUAAUAAAAAAGAAGAUACGGAUGGUACUCGCCGGUACUACUACUCGGGUUCUGGUCGGUCCACCUCACAAAGAUCGGUGCAGGGAAAUCGUUAUCCGAAUAAUCCCGAGCUAGAUACCUUCACCUCAACCUCGUCGCUGGGCUGUCAGUUCAAUAGAAAGUGCAUGCCCAUGAAGUUCUCGCGAGCGAAAGGUGGAGACUACUACGCCCCAGACAAGAGUCGGGAUCAGAUGGGAAAGCAGGGGACUGCCUUCAAACUUCUUUCCGAUGACUCGUCUCCUAGCCGAGCUCCCUACAGGGACGUCAGUAAGCCCGCUUUAAAGUCGACCCUAUCCGUCAUUCCCUCGUCGGAUAGCGAACUGGACACUAGAGAGAAUAGGCGCCAAAGGUAUACCCGGGAAGAAGCCAGGCGGAAGAAGCACAAGGACUUUGAGACUGGACGAAAAAAGGAGCAGACCAAAUCCUCAGAAGACAAGAAGCAGUCAUCCCCAGAAAGGCGAUCGCCCAAACAAGUGAGGAUAGCAACGCCGAAAAAGGAAGAUACAUCCGAUGAUCCUCUACUGCACAGGAAAAAGUCUGAAGACAAACCAGAUUCCUCUUCCCAUCGACUAAUGGGCGGUUCAGAGUCUUUAAAGAAUUCUCCCAGCUGGGAAACGACUUUUGACGAUAGCUAGACUAGUUGGCGAUAUUUUAAGCUGUUUUGUUGUUUGACAAUCUACUUUUUAAGUGUAUAUUUUUUGACAAGAUAAUAAAUCCGUUGAGUUUUAACUUUUAAAAUAA